ACGCAGACAGUAAGGAACACAGGCGCCGCGGCCACAACCCACACGCGAACCGGCGAACACGAGCGAGAGUGCGAGAGCGAGACGCAUCCUGCCACCACCGGCGACCAAGGCCCGCAGCGAGCCGGUCGCACGGUGGCACCUCGCGUCCUCGGCCCCUCCUCCUCGCCAUCCGCCCAUCCCUCGUCGGUCGCGGCCUCCCCGAACGAGCUGGCUCCGAGCCGAGCCAGCUCGGUACACUAACGAGCUGGAGCGAGCCGAGCCGAGCCAAGAUAUCCACCCCUAGUGUGGCCACAAACAACAAGAGAGAGCAGACACCACCACACCAUCCAACCAACCAAAUUCCUCUCUCCUCCGCCGCGCCCGCGCCGCAGCAAGCAGGAGGGCCUCCGCCCGUGCGAUGCCGGCGGCGGCUAGGCUACGGGCGGCCCGGUGAUGGCGACCUUCUUCCGCAGCGCCAACCUCGCCUCCAGGGUCUUCGACCGCCAGUUCCUCUCCCCACGCCCCGGCGCUACUGUUAACACUGUUAGACAGUUCUAUGAGAACUUGGUUCCGAGUUACACUAUAUGUGACAUAGAUUGCCCAGAUUAUUCAUUUCGUAAAUUCACUGAUGAUGGCAACUAUCUUGUGGCUUUUAGCCGGAACCACCAAGAUUUAAUCGUGUACCGUCCCAUCUGGCCAACAUUUUCAUGCAAUGAGCCAUGCGACUCUCAUGAUCUUCCACCCAAAGCAAAGAAAUUCGACAGCUUCUUUAAGCAGCUCUACUCAAUUUCACUUGCAUCUAGCAAUGAAUACAUCUGCAAGGACUUUUUCCUUUACAUGGAGUGCCAUCAGUUUGGCUUAUUUGCCACAUCAACUGCACAAAGCAACGAUUCAAGUGCCACUGAGGGUGCUAUUCAUGGGGUACCAUCAAUUGAGAAAAUUACUUUCUAUCUUGUCAGGCUAGACGAUGGCGCAAUACUAGAUGAGAAAGCUUUCCGCAAUGAUUUUAUCAAUCUGGCUCAUAGUAUUGGAGCUUACUUGUAUGAGGACCUGCUAUGCAUUGUCUCUCUUCGAUAUCAAACAAUUCAUGUCCUACAGAUACGAGAUUCAGGCAACCUUGUUGAAGUACGCAAAAUUGGUGCAUUUUGCCAGGAAGAUGAUGAGCUAUUUCUCCAUUCACAUGGUCAGGCUGCACGAGGUGUUUCUUUUCUUCCUGGCAUCAAGCAACGGUUGUUGUCAUUUAUUUUUCGCAAGACAUGGAAUGAGGAAUCUGAUCAGACCUUGAGAGUCCAGCAUCUGAAGAAGAAGUUCUAUUUUCACUUUCAAGACUAUGUUGAUCUUAUCAUAUGGAAGGUGCAGUUUUUGGAUCGUCAUCACCUAUUUAUCAAGUUUGGUAGUGUGGAUGGAGGGGUUUCUCGCAGCACUGAACAGAAUUCAGCAUUCUUUGCUGUGUACAACAUGGAGACGACAGAUAUUGUUUCACUCUAUCAGAAUUCUUCGGAGGAGCUCUAUUCAUUGUUUGAAUAUUUUUAUGACCAUUUUCACACAAAUCCACAAAAUUCAUCGCAUGGAAAUUUUAUCUCGUCACAUUCCAAUAAUGUUCAUGCUCUCGAUCAACUUCGGACAAUUAAAAAUAAAGCAAACAGCACCUCACAGCAGUUUGUGAAAAAGAUGAUGGCGUCACUACCUUACACUUGUCAAUCACAAAGUCCUUCGCCAUACUUUGACCUAUCAUUGUUUCGGUAUGAUGAGAAGCUGAUUUCAGCGAUUGAUCGGCACAGACACUGUACAGAGCAUCCAAUAAAAUUUAUAUCAGUGAAACAGCCAAAUGUUGUCAAAUUCAAGAUAAAACCAGGUUCAGAUUCUGGUGCUUCUGACAGCAGGGCAAAAAGAAUAUCUUCCUUCUUGUUUCACCCAUUUUUCCCUCUCGCACUUUCUAUUCAGCAGACAUAUAUGCAGCCAACUGUUGUCAAUUUACAUUUCAGGAGAUAGAACGAUAUUGCCGUUCCCUCAAUUGUAUUUGUAACAGUUGUGAGCGGUGCACAGCUCAGUAAAAAUUUUGGCCGCUUGUAGUAGGAUGUUUUAUCGGCAAAGAUCUUAUUAUAGGCAAAGGAAAAAUGUGGGUUUAGGUUCUCCUUGCUUCGAGUAUGCUGGAAUGUACAUUUUGUAGGAAUAUGGCUGUCUGAAGGUAAAUGUAGUUCAUCUAAAAAAGGAAGGUAAAAUAGAGUUAACAAAAUGAGCUUUUAUUUUGAAUUCA